AUGAAGAAGUUGGUUGAUGGUAAUGCCCAGAACUGGCCUAAAAAGGUAUAUGAAGCCCUAUGGGCAGAUAGAAUUACUCCUAAAAGAGCCAUUAGGAUGGCACCUUUUGAGCUAGUGUAUGGAAUUGGUGUGAAAGUGUCUUUACCUCUAGAAUUGUUGGCAGCCAAGCUUCAAACUGUAAUUGAGGAUUCCUUUUUCGAAAAUGUUCUGGAGAAGAGAGUUAUGUAUUUGAUGAAGUUAGAAGAGGAAAGAGAGAUGUUAGUGGAUAUAAUUAGUGAGCAUCAAAGCAGGGUGAAGAGGAUCUUUGAUAUACGAGCUCGGCCAAGAGGUUUCCUUAAAGGGGAUGAAGUUCUAUUAUGGGACAAGAGAAAAGAACCAAAGGGUGCUCACGAAAAAUUUGACUCAUUAUGGAAAGGUCCAUUCGAGAUUCAUGAAGUGGUAGGAUUGAAUGCAUUCAGACUGAAUUAUCCUGACAGAAUAGUUAUGCCCUAUACCUAUAAUGGGCAAGAUCUCAACCUCUACAAACUCUGA